GCUGUUCUCCAAGUGUCCAGUUCCUCCACAGGACAAUGGACGUGAUGGACGGCUGCCAGUUUUCGCCUUCUGAAUAUUUCUACGAUGGCUCCUGCAUUCCGUCCCCUGAGGGCGAUUUCGGGGACGAGUUCGAGACGAGAGUGACCACCUUCGGGGCACACAAAGUCGAGUUGCAAGGCUCUGAUGAAGAUGAGCACGUGAGAGCGCCCUCCGGCCACCACCAGGCUGGCCACUGUCUGAUGUGGGCCUGCAAGGCGUGCAAGAGGAAGUCCACCACCAUGGACCGCAGGAAGGCGGCCACCAUGCGCGAGCGGAGGCGCCUGAAGAAGGUUAACCAGGCUUUUGAGACCCUCAAGAGGUGCACUACGACCAACCCCAACCAGAGGUUACCCAAGGUGGAGAUCCUCAGGAACGCCAUCCGCUACAUCGAAAGCUUGCAGGAGCUGCUGAGGGAGCAGGUGGAGAAUUAUUACAGCCUCCCUGGACAGAGCUGCUCCGAGCCCACCAGUCCCACGUCCAGCUGCUCCGAUGGCAUGCCGGAAUGUAACAGCCCUGUCUGGUCCCGAAAGAGCAGCAGUUUUGACAGUGUCUAUUCUCCUGAUGUACCAAAUGUAUAUGCCACAGAUAAAAACUCUUUAUCCAGCUUGGAUUGCUUAUCCAGCAUAGUGGAUCGGAUCACCUCCUCAGAGCAACCUGGGCUGCCUCUCCAGGACCCUGCCUCUCUUUCUCCUGUGACCAGCAUCGAUUCACAGCCUGCAACGCCAGGAGCUUCGAGUUCCAGGCUCAUCUAUCAUGUGCUAUGAACUAAAACACUCCAACCUCAAUCAGUUCUGCCUGGAGGGCCUUUUACACAGG